AGCACCGAGCACACCGAGCAGCAGCAGCAGCAGCAGCAGAAGCGGCGGAGGAGCGUUAAAACACCGAGUCCCAGGCAGGGACAGACACACCGACAGGGUUCGACACCGUCCCCCCCUGUCUCGAACAACACACCGCGGCUGGAUACCACCGACUAAAAGGAAGGGGAAAAAAGCUUUUAUUUUUUAAAGCCCACCGUUCGCCCACCCCCCCUCCUCUCUUUUAACGUUAACCGGGAACUUUGCUCCUCAGAGCGGCACUUACCGGAGCCGGUGUGUAGAGAAGAGCAUCAACUUAACUCACUCUCAAAGCUCGGUUUAAGCUAACUUCACGAACUUAUCUUUAGCUUUUUUUUUUCUUGUUUCUGUGUGAGGGACUCGUUACGAACCUUUCUGUUAUUUUUUUGAACAGUUAGCUUAGUUUUAGUGGCUCCUGACGAACACAGAGGACGGACAGACAUAAAGAACAGGCGGAGAAGUGGAUGUAUUUUCAGCCAUGGAUGUAACCGUUUACCCGCCUCCUCCUCAGUCUCUGGCCGCCUCGGACCACACCAGGCUGGGGCAGCUCUCCUACCCUGACCCGGCCUUCGGAACCAGCAAGCUGGAUGGGGACACCAUGUUCCUGGGUAUGCCAGAAGCAGGCCUUGACUUCGCUUCAACCAGUCAGUUUCGUGUGCCACAGCCCCCUCACCCUCUCAGCAAGGUGACGCCACCCAACCCACCCUCACAGCACUGGAGGAGGGACGCACACAUGGCCGACACACACCGCCUGCCCUGGUCAUACCAAGUGGGUGGUUUGGGCGACGACGACUUCAACAUCCCACCCAUCACGCCCCCGACCCUGCCAGACCACAUGUUGCCCCAGCGCCUCCCCCAUGACUCCUCUUCUGGACCGUACCACCCUAUGGACCCCCCCUCCAGCUCAGCUCCGCACCACCCCUACCAGCUGCAGGGCAUGGAUCUGCCCGGCAUGGCCGGUGGCCAGGAUGGAGGCGCGAUGUUGAGCCAAGAUGGUGGCACGUUCAGCCCGGACGGAGGCCCAAUGACCAGCACUCUAUCUGUGAUGCAGCAGAUGGUGAACUCGGAUUCUCGGUUUACCAGCAGCCAACAGCCAAUUGAAGCAGCACUUGGACCCAGGAGCCAAUCAGGCAUGAACCAACAAAACCAAUUAUCCACCAUCAACCAAUCCCAGCUGGGGCUGAGCGGGAACUCUGUUACCCAUAAUUCCCCCUCACCUCCUGGAAGUAAAUCCGCCACACCGUCUCCCUCCAGUUCCGCACACGAGGACGACAACGAUGAUGGACUCAGGGGAGAGAAACGUCCAGCAACAGUGGACAUCUCCAAGAAACCCAAAACGCCAAAGAAGAAAAAACGAAAGGACCCCAAUGAGCCAGUGAAGCCAGUGUCUGCCUACGCUUUGUUCUUCAGGGACACCCAAGCCAACAUCAAGGCCCAGAACCCCAACGCCACCUUUGGAGAGGUGUCAAAGAUCGUGGCUUCAAUGUGGGACGGCCUGGGAGAAGAGCAGAAACAGGUGUACAAGAAGAAGACAGAGACUGCUAAGAAGGAGUAUCUGAAACAACUGGCUGCCUACAGAGCUAGUCUGGUCUCACAGAGUUACAAUGACCCAUCUGACAUGAAGCCACCCCACUCUUCCUCCUCAUCCUCCUCUUCUACCUCAAUGUUUACACCCAAACCUUCAGUCUACCCCGGUCACCCAGGCCAGCACCCUUCCUCCAGCUCACUUGCCCACCCUCACCCUCUCCAGUCCCAUCAGCACCCAGGCAUGUACAUGCCCUACCCUCACCCAUCACACCCUUCCCACGCCUCCAGCCCCGGCCUCGGGCCCCACCUACCCCCUCCUCAUCCCCAAAUCCAUCCCCAGCUCCAGGCUCUGUCCUCCAGAGGGACCGUGCCACGGGCCAGUGUCCCCCACCAGGGAGCCCUGUCCCUCGGCAAUGUGGCGGCGGCAUCUACCCCUCCUCUCCAGGUCAGCCCUCCUCUCCACAGCCAGGCACACCUGGGAGGCCUGCACAGUCCACACCAUCAGCACCAGCAGCUCAGUGGACACCCACUGGGAAUGACACACUCCCCUGCCAUCACACAGGCCUACCCUCAAUCCCUGCAGUCUGACUACCAGCCAAUGGGAGGAGGCAUGCUGAAUAGUGGACCAGUGAUGUCAUCAUCAGUGGACUACCACCAGCUGGGUCGACAUACACCAAACCACCACCCCUCUCUGGACUGGAGCACUGAUUAUCAUGGCAACGGAAGUCUUCAGAGAGACAAACCUCUGUAUCUGAGCUAAUCUCAGGACCAAGCGACACCAAACGUCUACACUUCUACUGCCACACCAUGAAACCUCCAGCCUCAUCUCUCCAUGAAGACCAGCCUGGUCCAACCUGAACCCCACUGAGAGAGCUGACUGCCAAUGACAAACGGACUCACAGUGGACGUACAGACCACCCACAACUGAACCAAACCUGAGUUCAGCACUUAAAACAAAAAAAACCCCAAGCAGUAGAAUCAUUUCUGUGUAUUACUACUAUCUCUUUAAGGUACAACAGUGUUAAGAGCUGACAAGAGCAUCUGUUAUUUGCUGUAUCUUUUCUACUGAUCAUUUACUGCAUAUUGCUACCGUUGGAACUGAAAAUGCGUGUACCAGUGAGGAGAGGUAAUGCUGAUAGGUGUAUAUACUCCAACCUCUGUCUGCUCUGAAACAACAUCACGUCUAGUUUCUCAUUUUGCAAGAAUGGUGUCUAGCACCAGUUUCAGAAGGCUCUGAGGAGCUCGUGUAAAUUGCUGUAACAUAACUGUUUAAGUUGUCAGUUUAAACCCGACUGAUUUGUUUUUCUUUGACUUCAUAGUUGCCGUGUUUUUCUACAGCCAAAACCGGAAGAACACAGCAAAAACACAAGAUGUUAAUAACCAAAUACUACACAAAUUGUGUUUCCCCCUCCGGCUCUUUAAUUACAAGAGUCUUCGAUUUGAUGAAGUGCGGACUGAGGAGACAGAAAAUGUCCGGCGAUUCUGAGAGUUCAACAAAAAUGAUGACUGAAUUCAGGCUGCUUUAUUUAGCUAAAGACAAAUAAGAGAAAGGUGUGGAACAGCGCGAGAAGCUGUCUGUUGCCUGUUUAGGCAGGCGGCAACUGUGAAUAAUUGUGUACGAUUAAAGAAUUUUCAUUGUUCUCUUAAGGAAGUCCGAUGUAUUUUAGUCCUUGAAAUAAUGAAAAUGUCAAACAGCUGUUUGUUGGAGAAAAAAAAAGAAAAAAAGAAACAAAAAUACUCCUUUGUAUGAUGACAGCUCCUCCUCCUGGCAUAUGUCUGUUGAUAAUAUUGAUUUGGAUCCAAACUGUGUGUGAGUGUGUGAAGUGUUAAUGAGGAAGCAGAGUGGUUGAUUGGGUUGCAUGGUCUCUUUUGUCAUCUCUUUUUCUCUGUGCACAGAGGCUAUUUAAGAAACUAUAACUGUUGCUGGGUUGGCUGUGUUUAAUGUUGUUUUUUUUUUUGUUUUGUUUUGUUUUUUUUAAUCAAAUAAAGUUUUGUUUUAGUGUUAAUGAUAAUGAUGAUGAGAGACGUAUCUCUCUCGCUCUGUAUCUCUUUGUAUUAAUGUGGUUUUUUUUUGGCAGAUGAAAGGACUCUGGGCAACAACAACCAUGAAGAUUUUCUUAUUUUUAGAUUCUAAUAAUGUGUUUGAGAAUAAAGUCAGCGCUGCAUUGAUGUGCAGUCAUUACUCCAAAA